GAUACAAAUGGAGGAGAAAAUACUCUCUAAAGGAGAACAUUUCUUUCAGUGUUAGAAAGCCAAAAUUGACUUCUUGACACCAAGGGAAGACAUGGAGACACUUUUGAUCUUCUUCUUCUGUCUGCUUGUUGGUGUUCAUCCUUUGGAGUCUGUGAUCCAGGUGACUGGAUAUGUAGGCCGAUCAGCAGUGAUCAGAUGUCCCUAUGAUAAAAUAUAUGUGGAAAACUCCAAGUACCUCUGCAGAGGGUCAUGUCGUCUUCUUACACUUAAAAAUAAGAUAGUCAAGACUGAAGCAGGUCAGACCAGAGCAACCAGUGGGAGAUUCUCUCUCCAUGACAACACCACUGCUGGAGUUUUCACUGUGACCAUCACUGGGCUGACUGCAGAGGAUUCUGGGCAGUACUGGUGUGGGAUUCAUACAGGACUUGGAAAGAAAGAUGUUUUCUCUCAAGUGAAAUUAAAGGUACAAAAAGUCCCCUCUCCUUCCCCAAACUCAACCUUUGUGUCCUCCACUGAGGACCACACCCUUUCAUCUUCAACUCCGACCUCCAACACCUCUCAAGCUCAGCGUGUCCUGGAGAGAACCAUUAGUGUCAAUGCAAAAAGAAAAUCUGCACUCACCCUGACCUACUGGACUGUACGUGUGACCGUGAUCAUGUCUGUGUUGGUCCUGACUACUGUCUGCUUAUACAUAUGGUACAAGAAAACUGCCAGUGCAUUCUUUCAGUGACCAUGUCUCUAAAGAAGAAAGGCGUCAUGAUUCUACCUGUGUGUCCUACACUGAUCCUGCAACUGAUGGCUAGGCCACAACCACUUGUGUUUGAAAACUACAGGACCCACAAUGCAUUGUGUUUAACUGGUUUGAUGUUGGAAACAACUGAAGAGUUCUUUUCCAAAACGCUA